AUGCAACAACUACAUCAUCUCCUAGCCUACUGGCUGUCCUCGCUUUCUCUCGUCUCGGCACAAUUCCAAGGCUUUAAUCCCUUCGGAAACAAUGAGCUCACAUACACGAUUCGUGUCCCUCAAGGCACAGCAAAGUCUAGCAUAGGACCCAUAUACUUCCAGAUGAACUCUACACGCCCCGUGGAGUGGCUUGCGCUGGGACAAGGAGCUGCUAUGCACGGCUCGAGUAUGUUCGUGGUAUAUACCUCGGGUGAAAACGUUACUCUCUCCCCGCGAGCAGGCACGGGCCAUUAUGAGCCGUUGUACGACAAGCAUUCGCAAGCCUCACUCAUCAAUGGGAGCGGGGUGCACAAUGGAGUCAUCACUGCCAAUAUUAGGUGUGACGGUUGUAGCUUUUCCGGCGGUGGCACAGUGAAUCUGUCCGGCUUUUUCAGUCCCUGGAUCUGGGCGAUCAAGUACGGAGCACCGUUGAAUACGAAAAGUUUGACAGCGAGAAUUGCAGAGCAUGAUGUCUUUGGUACAUUCUUCGUCAAUCUCACCAAAGCAACGGGCUCGGACAGUGAUAACCCGUUUGUUAACUUGGACAAGACCUCGAUUACGAGGGCCUUCCCGGAGAUCUUUGACCACGAUGGUUUUGAUAGGAAGAGGACUGCCCACACGGUUUUAAUGAUUAUCGCAUUUGUCUUGCUAUUUCCCCUAUCUGCAUUAGCACUUCAUGUCUUGCCUUCCACUCAAAUCGUCAGAAUUCAUGCUACUCUGCAGCUUUUCACGCUUGCCGUGACAGUUGCGGGCUUUGGUCUUGGAGUCGCCAUGGCCAAGGAUGUCCAUCUCUUGAAGCAUCACCAUGCAAUUAUUGGAAUUGUGGUCGUCGCAUGUCUGGUUCUCUUCCAGCCUGGGAUGGGCCUUUUACAACACCGGUAUUUCCGGAAGACGGGCAGCAAGGGUCCCUUUGCCUAUUUACACCGAUGGCUCGGGAGAAUCAUGAUCAUCCUGGGGGUGGUGAAUGUAGGUUUUGGAUUCGAGAUUACGGGGAUCGGCUCAUCCGAUGUACCCAAAGGUGCGGUGAUUGCCUAUGGAGCGGUGGCAGGAGUGAUUGCGAUAAUAUACGUGGUGAUUGUCAGCUUGACUAGGCGACGGGUCACAUCAGAUUGA